AUGGACAGCAUACAAGACUCCCUCACAGUGGCUUCGGGAAGUAAGAAACGUAAGAGGACGGGAAAAGAACGUGCAGCUAAAAAAGCUUUAGCUAUCGAGGCUGUUCACUCAUUUCAGGCGGAGAAAAAUACCCAAGCGAUUUUAGCCAACCCGUCUUCUUCACCCAACGAGGAAGAAGCAGUCACGCAUGGUCCGAAAGAGCUAGAAGUGGUGUCAGCUGAGGCUACCGUCGAUCUGGAAAGGGUGGCCACACGUAUCCCCACGGCAUUGAAACAUCUUCGUCCGACAUUUAAACAAGCUAGAACGUUCGAAGUUCGACGUCUAGUCAAAAAAGUCAAAUUUUUGCGUACCAAACCUGACACACCCUCCACAAACAAAGAUCUAGAAGCUCAACUUGCCCUCCUGACACAUCUCACCUUAGAUCCCAUCAUUCAAUCACACCUUCUAUUGAAACUUCAUAAGCAUCGUUCACUCCGACACCUAAUUCUCCCUACUUCCAUCACUGAUCUUCUUCACUCCGAUCCCAGCGACCUCGGCAGCUCCAGCGAUGAAUUGAAAACCAAGGUCGAGAAUAGGAUAUGUAGUUCUAAGAUCGUUUCGGAGUCUGUUAAAUCUACUGUGGAGUGGGUGGUAGGUGAUGAGAAUGCUCGAUUGAUUUCAAAAUCCAAAUCGUCGCAACAGGGACCAGUCGGCCAUACGGGUCGAAAUGUUUCGUCAGUGCAGGAGAAUACGAGUCUAGACCACCCAGUGGGGGAGAUGGAUGAGGACGAGGAGCAGAUGGAGAUCAAUCCGGAGGUUAUCGUUCGAGACGAGGAGGAAACCGAAGAGGAGAAUGACAUAGAGGAAGAUAUGAUUGAUGAUGGAUGGGAAUCAGGUUCAAUCUCUGUUGCCUCCGAAGACUACUCUACGUCGAAAAUCCCCGACAUUCCUUCAAUCCCCAAGAAUCGCAAAGAAAAAACACCAAAGAUUUCAUCAGAAAUGAACACUACUCAAUCUCGUCAAAUAAAUGAAGGAAAACCCAAACAAUCUACUAGUUCCAAGACCAAAGAAACCAUAAAAUCAUCGACUUUCCUCCCUUCUCUAGCUACAGGUUUCAUCAGUGGAGAUUCCUCAGAUCCUGAUCUUGAUUCUGAUAUAGAUGAUUCUGGUUUGGUAGGGAAGAGAGGUAAAGUUGAAAGAAAGAAUAGACGUGGACAACGAGCUAGACAAGCUAUCUGGGAGAAAAAAUAUGGUAAAGGUGCCAAACAUGUAGUCCGAGCUAGAGAAGAAGAACAGGCUAUUGAAGCUGUCAAAAUCGCUCGGAGACAAGAACGUGAGCAACGUCGAAAUCCCACUACCACCGGCUGGGGUGGAGCCGUAAGAACUACAACGCAUAAUACGAGUAUCUCAAGAGGUAGAGAAGAGGGGAACGCUAAUCUCACUCCUAUGGGAGUUGCCGUCAGAGGAGAGAAAGAAAAGAGUUUACAUCCUUCUUGGGAAGCUGCAAAGUUACGUAGACAAAAAGAAGUGAUGGCUGCUCCUAAAGCCACGAAAAUUGUUUUCGAUUAG